UUUGGAGGCGUGUUCACACCCAGAGCUCACCAACUCGCGCGCACGCACGCAAGACCACGCGCGCGCCCAGCAACCAACACCGUGUCAGUAUACGGGCGAUCGGUCUCACAGCGUCCACCGUGGAAAGCGAUCCGAGCGGCAGCCUGGGAACUAGUAAACAAACACAGCCAAGCGGCGCGUAAAGGCUGUGCGCCGCGCCGGGGGUGCGCGAGCAAGCGAUUACAAGAGGAGCAUCGCACCAUUUCCCUCCUGAUUAUUGCGCGCUUGAGACACGACCAGGAUAUCUUAAUUGGACAUGUGAGUUGCGGGAGUUUAACAAGAUUAACAUCAGCCUUUUGUCCAAGAUGAAGUUGCUCGUCUGCGCCCUCGCUACUUUGCUGCUCGUCCGAUCCGGUGCUGCGCAAUCAGUUUGUCCAGGAACAGAGAAUAAGUUGAGUACCCUUUCCGACCUGGACCAGCAGUACCGCACCUUGAGGAAGCUUUAUGAGAACUGUGAAGUUGUCAUGGGCAACCUGGAGAUAACCAGCAUUGAUCGGAACCGCAACCUCUCCUUCCUCAAGUCCAUAAGAGAGGUGACAGGCUAUGUGCUGGUGGCCUUGAACCAGUUUGACUACCUGCCUUUGGAGAACCUGCGAAUCAUAAGGGGUACGAAGCUGUACGAAGGUCGCUAUGCACUUGCCAUCUUCCUCAACUACAGGCGGGACGGGUACUACGGAUUGAGGCAGCUGGGUCUUCGUAACCUCACAGAGGUCUUGAAUGGUGGUGUUUACGUUGACCAGAACAAAUUCCUGUGCCACGCGGACACAAUCCAUUGGCGUGACAUCAUCAAGAACCCCCAGGCGGAGCUACUGGUGGUCCCAUCUAACAACAGCAACCUGGGAUGUAGACGCUGUCAUCGCUCAUGUAAUGGAAGGUGUUGGGGUCCCCAGGAUGACCAGUGUCAAACCUUGACAAAGACUGUGUGCGCAGAGCAGUGUGACGGUCGAUGCUUCGGGCCGUACGUCAGCGACUGCUGCCACCGCGAGUGCGCCGGCGGCUGCUCGGGACCCAAGGACACAGACUGCUUUGCUUGCACCAAUUUCAACGACAGCGGUGCAUGUGUGACCCAGUGCCCGCAAACGUUUGUGUAUAGUCCCACAUCCUUUCAACUAGAGCACAAUCCAAAAGCGAAGUAUACCUACGGAGCCUUUUGUGUCAAGAAAUGCCCACAUAACUUUGUGGUGGACCGCAGUUCCUGUGUCCGAGCGUGUCCUAGCAACAAGAUGGAAGUGGAGGAGAACCGCAUCAAGAUGUGCAUUCCCUGCACGGACAUAUGCCCUAAAGUGUGUGACGGUAUCGGGACAGGCACCCUGCAGACUGCUCAAACGGUGGAUGCCAGCAAUAUCGAUAAGUUUGUCAACUGCACUAAAAUCAAUGGAAACCUCAUCUUCCUCAUCACUGGUAUUAAAGGGGACAUGUAUCAUGGUAUUGGACCACUGGAUCCUGAGCGACUGAAUGUGUUCCACACUGUGAAAGAGAUCACAGGUUUCCUCAACAUCCAAUCAUGGCCUGAGAAAAUGACCGAUCUGAGUGUUUUUUCCAACCUGGCAACUAUUGGUGGGAGAUCUCUUUACAGUGGAAGCGACAUCUCCCUGCUGAUCUUGAAACAACGCUGGAUCUCUUCGCUUCAGUUCCAAUCUCUGGAUGAGAUCAGUGCCGGAAAUGUCUACAUAUUCAAUAACAGCCGCCUCUGCUUCUACAAUACCGUCAACUGGACAUCGCUGUUCCGUACGCCGACCCAGAAAGUGCUUAUCCGCAACAAUCGGGAUCCGAAAGAAUGCACCCAGCAGCGCAUGGUGUGUGAUCAGAUGUGCUCUGAUGAAGGCUGUUGGGGACCAGGACCGGACCAGUGUCUCUCUUGUCGCUACUUCAGAAGAGGCCGCACCUGCGUUGAGUCCUGCAAUCUUUUUUAUGGGGAGGUGCGUGAAUUUGCCAAUGGAUCCGUGUGUUUGGAGUGUGAUAGCCAAUGCGAGAGGAUGGAUGGUAACGCCAUGACAUGUCUUGGUCAGGGUCCAGACCAGUGUGUGAAGUGCCUCCACUUCAAAGAUGGACCCAACUGUGUGGAGAAAUGCCCCGACGGCCUACAGGGAGCCAGCAGUUUCAUCUUUAAGUACGCCAAGGCCAACAACGAGUGUCAUCCCUGCCACGCCAACUGCACCCAGGGGUGCGUCGGCCCCAGACCGCAAGAUUGUGUUGGGGUGAUGGACAGGACGCCUAUCAUUGCCGCGGGAAUUAUCGGUGGCCUGUUCAUCAUCGUCAUUGUAGCACUCAGUGUUGCUGUCUACGUUCGGCGAAAAAGCAUAAAAAAGAAGAGGGCCUUGCGCCGCUUUCUGGAGACAGAGCUUGUAGAGCCCCUGACCCCCAGUGGAACAGCCCCCAACCAGGCUCAACUGCGCAUCCUGAAGGAGACAGAGUUGAAGAGGGUCAAGAUUUUAGGCUCUGGGGCUUUUGGAACAGUCUACAAGGGCAUCUGGGUCCCGGAAGGUGAGACGGUGAAGAUCCCAGUAGCUAUUAAAAUCUUAAAUGAGACCACGGGUCCCAAAGCCAAUGUGGAGUUCAUGGACGAGGCGCUGAUCAUGGCCAGCAUGGAACACCCCCACCUGGUGCGCCUACUGGGUGUCUGCUUGAGCCCCACCAUCCAGCUGGUCACCCAACUCAUGCCGCAUGGCUGCCUCCUCGAUUAUGUUCACGAGCACAAGGACAACAUUGGGUCGCAGCUACUACUCAACUGGUGCGUCCAGAUUGCCAAGGGAAUGAUGUAUCUGGAAGAAAGGCGACUGGUCCACAGGGACUUGGCUGCCCGCAACGUCCUGGUUAAAUCACCCAAUCACAUCAAGAUCACAGACUUCGGCCUAGCACGGCUGCUGGACGCUGACGAGAAGGAGUACAACGCAGACGGGGGCAAGGUCAGUAUGCCUGUUAAAUGGAUGGCUCUUGAGUGCAUCCACUACAGGAAGUUCACUCAUCAGAGCGAUGUGUGGAGUUAUGGAGUGACCAUCUGGGAGCUAAUGACGUUUGGAGGAAAACCGUAUGACGGCAUCUCAACGCGGGAGAUCCCAGACAUAUUGGAAAAAGGAGAACGUCUUCCCCAGCCGCCCAUUUGCACUAUCGAUGUCUACAUGGUCAUGGUCAAAUGCUGGAUGAUUGAUGCCGACAGUAGGCCUAAAUUUAAGGAGCUGGCUGCUGAGUUCUGCAGGAUGGCGCGGGACCCGCAACGAUACCUUGUUAUCCAAGGAGAUGAUCGGAUGAAGCUGCCCAGUCCCAACGAUAGCAAGUUUUUCCAGAGCCUUUUGGAUGAGGAGGACCUGGAUGAUCUGAUGGAUGCUGAGGAGUACCUGGUGCCUCGUGGUUUUGACGCAGCUCAUCCAUCUUACCCAACAAGACCUUGUGUCGACUCAAACAGGAACAAGUAUGGCUAUAGGGAAGGAGUGCCAAAACUUCCAGAGUGUCCUCUUUCAGCAACCCAGGCCAGUGUAAAACAGGAAGCCACCGGGAGCCAGGGAUCCAUCAUGGAGGACCAGCGCUGUAAUGGGAACUUGCCUAAGAAGAGUCUGAGCCAGGCGGGCGGCGAAGACAGUGGGGGACAGAGAUACAGCGCUGACCCCACCAUCUUCCUUGGGGAGAGAGCCUCCAGGGAUGAAGAUGAGGAUGGAUACAUGACCCCCAUGAAAGACAAGAGCUCUUCAGAAUACCUGAAUCCGAUUGAGGAAAACCCCUUUGUGUCACGACAUAAAAAUGGAGAGAUCCAUGCGUUGGACAACCCAGGCUACCACAGCACACCCAACAGUCAGCCCAAAGGAGAGGACGAGUACAUCAACGAGCCCCUGUACUUCAAUACCUUCCAUAGCGCCGCAGAGACCUUGCGAAGAAACGGUCUGCCUCUUCACUCCCAGGCUCCCUCUUCCAUCUCAGUCACCACCUCAGGGUCUCACCUCCCGCUUAGCAUCCAGACCACCCUGCCCCACUACCCACUCCCCACAGCACAGCCCUCUCCAUCUGGUAUGUCCUGUCACCACGGUACGCUGGCCCACAUCCUUCACGCCCACCAUACCGUUAAACCUGCAGGACAAGCUGGCAUUCCCAGUGGUGUUUCCACCGGUCAGAGCCAAACAGGAACUACUGCUCUGGCUUCGGUUUGCCAGUCAGGUGUACCGUCUACUUCGGCCCCCAUUGGGCACGGCAGCUUGCCGGCCUACCAGAGCCACACAGCCUUGCAGCCUGCCAGCUUGCUGAAGCACGGUGGACAGACAGCAGGUAAAGCCGCUGGGAAGAAGCUGAAGGUAACCUUUGACAAUCCGGAAUACUGGCAGCACAGCUUGCCACCCAAACCAUCUGACGGUACCCAGAGCGGGUCCGCCAAUGCUAAGCUCUUCUACAAGCAGAACGGACACAUAAGGCCAGCAGUAGCUGAAAACCCCGAGUACAUGUCUGAGUUUUCCCUGAAAUCUGGCCCAGUUCUGCCACCACCUCCCUACCGGCAAAGAAAUACUGUGGUCUAAAUUUAGCCUCUAGAAACCUCUCCAGUUCCCUGACCAGAGCCGCCACAGACUUCUCCCCUCCCCAUUUAAGACUGUAGCAACAACAGACCCAAACCAAGCAGACCAAUAUAAAAUAUAAUUCUCUCCUGUAGAUAGACUUGGCUCUUAGACACAGGGAUGCUGGAGGAAGUAUCACACUGUUAUGGUCAAUUCCUCCAAAACAACUAGUGUCUGAACCCACUGCCAUCGAUUCUGUGUUUUAUCGGAAAAGUGUAACAACAACUUAUUUGAUUCUUUUUCCCCUUUAUUUAUGCAUACCUAUAGUAUGUGUUUGACAAACCUAUGAAGGAUUUUAAACAUUUUUUUACCUGGCAAGAGGAAGGAGAAAGGACAAGCAAAAGGAGGAAACAAGUCUGAAAGCGGAUCAAUCAACACUCGUAUGUGUAGUAUUUAUAAUGUCAUGAAGAUUGUUUCAACAGAGAGGUGGAAAAUUUAUGUUUACUCAUAUUUCUCCCAAAAUCCGGUACACCCUGACGUGGUUGCUAGCCAAUCGCAGGGCACAGUGAGACAAACAACCAUUCACUUAAACACUUACAGUAUAUACAGUAUAUGUAAUAAUGAUAAAUUUAAGAUAAUUAAAUCGUGUUUCUUUACAAAUUCAGUCAGAAGGGUAAGUACUCAUUUAAAAUGUUGCUCUUUUAAGUAAAACCUGUAGAUUACUAUACAGUGGGGAGAACAAGUAUUUGAUACACAGUCAAUGGGAAAACCCAUUGGCAGUGUGUCAAAUACUUGUUCUCCCCACUGUAUGUCAAAAUCCAACACUGGUCACAAUAAUACAAAAAAAAAAAAAGAUAAGUAUAAAAGUUUUAUUUUUUUUUUUCAAGUUUGCGAUAUCCAAAAGAAACCAAAUUAAGUAACUCUAUAGAUAUAUAUUUCAUUGUAAUAUUUAAAGUAUAUCGCUCAUAAAAUUUCCUAAUACAUUGCAUUAUCACAUUGGUUAGGAAUGAUAAUACAGUGAUCCCUCGUUUUUCGCUGUUAAUGGGGACCAGAACCCGUCGCGAUAAGUGAAAAACUGCGAAAAAUAUAUUUUUUUGGCAUGUGUGUGUGUUCAAUGUACUUAUCUUAUUCAAAUUUAGCAUUGGAAAGACAUACUGUGCAUAUGAAACGUUUCAUUAAAAAAUAAUAAUAAUAAUACAUUAAAAAAAAAAUAAUAAUAAUAAUACCUUUUAUGUAUAUAUAUGCCGGAAAACACUAGGGUGACUUGAAGUUCCGCUCUGAGACACCCAAUUUGGCCAAAUUUCAAAAUUGUCCCAUAUGCACGUGUGAUACAUCAUAAGAAAGCUUCAAAUCUCUAUUUUCUGGAGGAAGAAAAAUUUUGAACAGGAGGCCAUUUAAAAAAAAAAAAAAAAAAAAAUUUAAACAGCAAAACCCUAUCUGGAGGCGAGAGCACGCGAGAGCAGAAUUAAAGACGCCACGAUUUUAACGAGAUAUUUUCGCGUACUUAACUUGUUUCCACCCAAAAACUCCAUGUAGCACAUAUCACUGAGUGUCAAGACACAGCUGUGAAUGGCCACAGCUGGAUUUUUUAGGGAUUUUAUGGGUAAAAGAUGGUAAUAUAACGCGAUGCAGAAAUCGCAGACGUCAACGAGUGGUCGAGAUUUUCUUUUUCAUAUAGUUACCCUUUUAAAUGUUAUUUUUCAUUUUUUCUUUGUUUGGAUCGAUUAUUUAUUAUCUAACAUUUUGGAGGGAAUGCGACAGUCACGAUAAAAAUACAGUUAAGCGAUAGUUAUGAGAUAGAUAUCCGUGACUUUUUUACAGACGCCAAAUUUUUCAUUGUGGUGUAAUUUGUUUAAAAGUGCGAGUGAAUAAUUUUUUAAAGUCGUUUUUUUUUUUUUUUUUUUUUUUUUUUCCCGAACUAAAUAUUAGACAUCAAUUAAUGAUUCUAAGUUAAAAAUGACUGACAUUUUGAAUUAUAAAUGUAACUCUUUUUAUGGCUAGGUUGAAACAAAAGCCGUUGCGCGACGCCUGUAAACGGGUUUUCAGGGUAAAACGGACAAAUUCAAAAUACUUCGGAGGCUUAUUGCGCCAUGAAUCUGCUGUGGCAGCAUAUAGACAUAUUGUAUUAUCAAACACAACAGUUCUUCUGGCUUAAAAUACAGCAGUUUAUUUUAAAGAGGGGUGCAAGAACAGAAACUGCGUUUUCAGUCUUGUCCGUGUUUUCCGCCAUGUAUAUAUAAUAAGGGUGUAACGGUACAUGUAUUUGUAUUGAACCGUUUCGGUACGUGGUCCUCGGAUUUCUGAUGUAAUGUAAAGUGCUGUCAAAUUUAGCGCAUUAACGGGCUAUAAUUAAUUUUUUGAAUUAAUCACGUUAAAAUAUUUGACGCAUUUAACGCAAGCGCGGAAUGCCCGCUCAUGCUUCUCAUAAUCCCACUGUUACUCCCCGCGGACGGCUGCUAAGGGCGUAACAUAGAACGAGCCACGCACACAAGUUGCAAGUCGACACAAAUUUCUUCACACAAGUCGAACUCGCAAUGAACAAAAUAAAGAAAAUGCAGAAGAAGCUGGCUUCAGCGUAAGCCCAGGCCAAAACAACAAACAAAAUGAAACUACACUUGAACCCCACCCGUUAAGUAAACCCUGAUCGUAAAAAAGAAAAAAACAAUACAGCCACUACCCUGGCUUCAACCCUAAACAAAACGGCAUUUUCCCUCUACUGCUGUGGUGCUCUUAUUUACAGUGGUGAACAAAAUCUAUCCAAUAACAAAUGAACACAAAAUAUCUCACCGAAAAAGCGGGAGUGUAACAAAAUAGCGAUCAAAGGCACAGGUGAAUGAAUGGCGAGCAAACAGCUGGCGAGGAGGUACGUGGCACGUAUGCUGUCAAACCCAAAGUUGCGAACUCUGAGUGUUGACUGUAAAAUGACGAUCGGUCAGAUGACUUUUGUUAACGCUGCCUUUAUUUGGUUAACAAGACUCAGGCACAAUACAACACACACGCGGGUAUGCAAGCUCAAACAAUGGCCUAAUAGUAUUACCCAGAGCCGUAUUACCGUGUAUCGGAUUAGCUGCCGUAAAGCAAGUGUCGUUAUUGCCGCAAAUGUAAACAAAGCGCUGCAUAAUGGAUGCAUGUCAGACAGCGGCUAGUUCGGGUGGCCCGUCAGCGGCGGUGACGUCGUCUGCCCGUCCAGCGUCAAUCAGAGUACGCCACGUUGGGAGGGGAGGCGGCGGACGCGGCGAUCAGAUGACUGACAGUCUAAAAAAAGAUAACAAUUAAACGGCCAGGGCCGUCGCACCACUCAGAAUUGCAGUGAGCAGCGUGGGUAACGGUUAAAUGUUAACAUGGAAGAUGGUUGGCUAAAUUAAAAAAGAAUAUAGAUGGAACAACUCUUCACUUCAGUGUUGCAACUGUUCAAUUUUGCACAUCAGAUAUUUAUUUUAAAGAAAAAGUCUUAGCCAAAGUUAUUUUUAUUUUGUUUUUCAAAAUAUCUACAUUUCAGAAUAUUGUAUUUUCUAUUUUUGAGCAGAAUUCUAGCUUUGUGUAGGCUAACGUUCCUAUUGUUGAAAGCACAAAAGUGUGUAAUAAACAACUAGCACAUUUAUAUUUUGCAUUUUGUUUUCUUACUGUACCGAAAAUGAACCGAACCGUGACCUCAAAACCGAGGUACGUACCGAACCAAGAUUUUUGUGUACCCUUACACCCCUAAUAUAUAAUAUAGUAUUUUAAUAAAUUCAAAUUCAAAUGUAAUAUUCAUGAUAAGUUUUAAACAGGUUACUGUCCCACCGCAUUAUUUUUAACCAACAAUAAAGUAGAAAAAUGGUUGUCUUUAUUAAAUGCUUCAUUGAGUGAAUCCACUCAAAGCCCCUCAAGCUGCUCACUUACACACAUUGAGUUGCCACAGCAACUGUUUAACAAGUUAAACGUUUACUAACGCAUGCGGCGCUUUGAAGUUUCGGCUUCCAGUUAUCUCUGGCCAGAUCAAAUCUUAACAUCUGCCAAUCAUCGUUAACUUUAAUAAGCAACUCCAGUGCACUGCCUGACCAAGAAAAGGAGCAAGAGGGAGACUGAGGUACAUGAUCGGCUCGGGACAGCUCAUCUGUAUUGAUUUAUGAAAAAAAACAAUGAACUGAGGGCGAAAGGUUUGAAGCGCAAAGUUGCGAGGGAUCACUGUAUGCUGACAUUACAUCAACUAAGUAAAAGCCAUGAAGUCUUAAAAGUUUCCUGUAGAGACGUCAAAAUAGGUCCAUGCCGACCAGGAAAAACACCUGGAAUUGUUGGAAAUUCCCAAAAGAUGGUUCUGUCACUUUGCAAAGUAACACUCUGCUUCUCCUUCCACUUUUUGUUGUGAAUAUUUUUUUCACAAAUAUUCAACUUUCCUAUGCUCAUAAUAAUAGUCGCUUGAGGCCUGGUUUUAAUCUUGAAAUUUCUUAAAUGUACAUACAGUACCUAAAUAACGGAACAUUUCACAGUUUCUAUCCAUUUUAAUUUAAACAGUGUCGUGUUUGACGCCCUCCUAAAUCCGACUCGUGUUGUGUCUGUGGGCAAGCCGACACUCAAUCGUGUUCCAUCUAAUAACCAAUAAUUAUUCGUUCUUCUGCCAAGACAUGUGGAACACGUUUCAAAGAAAUUGUGUCUCACUUGCCAAAUUAUGUUGUUUUAUUACUUCCCCUUUUAACGAUUACCUUUGUCACUGAAUCCAUGAAUCAUCCAUGCCAUCCGACUGUUUUUAUUUUUCAAAGGAUGUUUAUUUGGUGUUUAUUUAAAAUGUUUAUGUGUGUUUAAAUCUGAACAUCCUCAUGAAGCACUUUAAUCAAAUGUGCGGGUGCCGGGUGGAAAUAUCUUCCAGAAAUAUCUAACUUGUUUAUCAGCUCGUUCACCACUUCAGAACUAGGAGCGUUAGCAAAGAUCAGUGGCACUACAUCGGCCAAGAGUUCAUGAAGGAAUCACUUUAGGGGGUUGAUCAGCUUCAAGAAUAUCUUCUCUUUAAAGUGUGUGUGCGUAUGUGUAUGUACGUACGUGUGUAUGUAUUUGUUCCAAACAGUAUAGUCGUAAUCUUUCUUUGAUGGUGUCAUGAUUAUUUAAUGAAGGAGUAUUUUGUAAUCCCUUUUGGAGCUGCAACUCAUUGAAUUGGAGACAGUGUUUAAUGUCGAGUGUGAAAUAUUUAUAGUGCAUUUGAGCUUGUUUAUGUGGUGCAAUGGAAGUAACUGUCAAAUAUGGGUUUCAAGGAAAGAGAAAAAGGGACGAUGGUGAUGAAAAGGCACAUCUAUGUAUGUUUGCCCCAUAUUAUUGCACAUUGUGGAUGUUUUGAAUCAAGAGUGAGACUGGGGACACAGCUGGCCUCACGUGUUUGCUCUCUCUGAAGUCUGGAAAACUUCUUCAUCUUCUUAAACUAACCACAGCUCUUCAUGGAAGCAAUAAAUUCCUCCUGUACGUUUCUCUGUUGUGGACAUGUUUCACCUCAUUGCUGGACCGACCUUGUCGUACCUUGUUUUACACCAUGCAAUCUACAUUGGUGAUUCCUAUAUACAGUGGGGCAAAUAAGUAUUUAUUCAACCACCAAUUGUGCAAGUUCUCCUACUUGAAAAGAUUAGAGAGGCCAGUAAAGGUCAACAUGGGUAAACCUCAACCAUGAGAGACAGAAUGUGGGAAAAAAACAGAUAAUCACAUUGUUUGAUUUUUAAAGAAUUUAUUUCCAAAUUAGAUUGGAAAAUAAGUAUUUGGUCACCUACAAACAAGCAAGAUCUCUGGUUGUCAAAGAGGUCUAACUUCUUCUAACGAGGUCUAACGAGACUCCACUCGUUACCUGUAUUAUUGGCACCUGUUUUAACUCAUUAUUGGUAUGAAAGACACCUGUCCACAUAUCUCAGUCAGUCACACUUCAAACUACACUAUGGCCAAGACCAAAGAGCUGUUGAAGGACACCAGAGACAGAAUUGUAGACCUGCACUAAGCUGGGAAGACUGAAUCUGCAAUAGGUAAAAGGCUUGGUGUAAAGAAAUCAACUGUGGGAGCAAUUAUUAGAAAAUGGAAGACAUACAAGACCACUGAUAAUCUCCCUCGAUCUGGGGCUCCAUGCAAGAUCUCAUCCCGUGGCGUCAAAAUGAUAACAAGAACGGUGAGCAAAAAUCUCAAAACCACACGGGAGGACCUAGUGAAUGACCUACAGAGAGCUGGGACCACAGUAACAAAGGUUACUAUCAGUAGCACAGUGCGCUGCCAAGGACUCAAAUCCUGCACUGCUAGACGUCCCCCCCUGCUGAAGCCAGUACACGUCCAGGCUCGUCUGCGGUUUGUCAAAAGGCAUUUGGAUGAUCCAGAAGAGGACUGGGAGAAUGUGUUAUGGUCAGAUGAAACCAAAAAAGACCUUUUUGGUAGAAACACAGGUUAUUGUGUUUGGAGGAGAAAGAAUACUGAAUUGCAUCCGAAGAACACCAUACCCACUGUGAAGUAUGGGGGUGGAAACAUCAUGCUUUGGGGCUGUUUUUCUGCAAAGGGACCAGGACGACUGAUCAGUGUAAAGGAAAGAAUGAAUGGGGCCAUGUAUCCAGAGAUUUUGUGUGAAAAUCUCCUUCCAUCAGCAAGGGCAUUGAAGAUAAGACGUGGCUGGGUCUUUCAGCAUGACAAUGAUCCCAAACACACAGCCAGGGAAACAAAGGAGUGGCUUCGUAAGAAGCAUUUCAAGGUCCUGGAGUGGCCUAGCCAGUCUCCAGAUGUCAACCCCAUAGAAAAUCUGUGGAGGGAGUUGAAAGUCCGUGUUGCCCAACGACAACCCCAAAACAUCAUCGCUUUAGAGAAGAUCUGCAUGGAGGAAUGGGCCAAAAUACCAGCAACAGUGUGUGAAAAGAUUGUGAAGAGUUACAGAAAACGUUCGGCCUCCGUUAUUGCCAACAAAGAGUACAUAACAAAGCAUUGAGAUGAACUUUUGGUAUUGACCAAAUACUUAUUUUCCACCAUGAUUUGCAAAUAAAUUCUUUAAAAAAUCAAACAAUGUGAUUUUCUGUUUUGUUUUUUCCACGUUCUGUCUCUCAUGGUUGAGGUUUACCCAUGUUGACAAUUACAGGCCUCUCUAAUAUUUUCAAGUGGGAGAACUAAAUACUUAUUUGCCCCACUGUUUGUAUUCUGUGAUUUCCUUCCAUGUUUCCUUUGUUUUGCUUUUACGUUGUGUGAUCACCAGCCAUGUUUUCUGAAACCCAAGCGAGACGAGUUUGUUUCAGUUUCCAUCUCUUGCUUCCAUUACAUCAUGUGAUCAUAUUUCAUGUCUCCUUGGCCAAACAUGGUCUUCUUCCCCAUGUCCUUAAAAAUCAUGUGAUCUCCUUCCCUAUCAUAUUUUAAUAUUUGAUCUGCCUCACUGUUUCCUUUGUUUUCUUCUCAUUUCCUUCACACCAUUGGUUCUCUUUACUUAUAUGCCAAGGUAUAGAUCCAUGUAGCCCUGUGCCAACAUAAACUACAACCUUACCUUUAUAUUUUCAAUGAUAUUACGGUCCUCCCAAAUAUGUUCAAUGAAAUCACUAGCACAAACUGAAAAUCCUGAUUCCUUGCCACCUACACUGUAUUUGUAUAAUUUUGAUGCAUAUGUCAUUUGAGGUGGGGGUUUUUUUCAACGUGUCUUAUCCCAAUUGGGUUCUUUUCAUUACUUGAUGUUUGUUUGUUUGAACAGUAAUUGCACAAAUCACUGCUGUUGAGGUAAUUUCCCUGGUUAAAACAUAGAACUGUACAGAAUCUUUGGGGUAUCUAAGGCACUUCAAAUGUGAAUAGUAUUUUUAUAAACGCGCUGAAAUAAUGAUGGACAAUGGACAAUUAUAAAUGGGGUUGUUGCUUUGGAAUUCUACUCUGUUUUCUCCUUCUAAAGUUUUCACCUGCUUAUAUCUACUGUAAACCCAAAAAAGCCAACUGUCAUACAUAUUUGCUUUGUGAAUUUACCUUUCGGGGGGGUUGUAUUAACGUGCUUGUUAACCCUUCCUCGUGAGCGGGGUUUCACCCCUUGGCACCGUCCUAUUAAAGAGGUGGGCUGCCAUCAAGCUACCAUAAACAAGUCCCAUAUCUUCCUAUUUUGAAUGGCCCAACACAACCUGUUUUUCCUCUUCUGCAUGCUUCAAAGCGGGACAGAGUUAAGAGUUGCCUUUGCCAAUAACUUAUCUUUGUCCCUUUAUCCUUGUGUUCUUUGCAGACCAUACCCAAAGCUUUGUAUCAUAAAAUACUGUUCCUCAUGUUUGCUACAUGAAUCUGUCAAAAGUAUAUUUUUAAUUUAAUAUAAAUAAAGAUGGAUUCUGUAAACAUCGUAGAGGCUUUUGUUAGUGUUAGCAUUUGGCAAAAGAAGAAGUACACGAGGACGGCACCACACAUCAGGGAUGCUGCAGCUUCAGCAGAGAUUCAUCUCGGUCGGGGAUGCUCUUGAAUCCUCAAGCCCAAUGCGGCGUUUCCUCGCUUCACACGCCACCCCGCUGACAGCAAAUAGAGCAGAAAAUGAAAGUAUGCAAUCAAGCUAACCGUUUUAAUAAUCAAAUUUAACAGAUGGUGUCUUUAAUUAAGAGCAUCUCAUAUGGCGUCGGAUAUAUCCUGACCCAACUUCUGGGGAUGCAGAAGUUUUGCUCAAGGCGAGAUGUUGCGCUGGCGUACUCAAAAGGACUUGCAGAUGAAGACCAACUGCAUCAAAAGGUCUGCAGCACUCUCGCGCUUUCGAAAGGCUAAUGCGAGGAUACAACACGUUGCUCACGUUUUUCCUCUCGCCCCGUGCUGCGCUGAAUCCACUGUUUACUCCGACUGCUGCUUAUGUAAACGGGCAUGGGCAACAUUGUUUUGCAAUGCGGUACUACAUUGCACUGCACUCGCAGGCUUUCAUUCCACUCAUAAAUUAUCCAGUACUGUCCAAUGGCUGAAUAUGAGCCUUCUGAAGUCACUGCUAUUAAUACUAAUAAGGCAGCGGAGUGCUUUAAGUAAACACUGUUUAUGAACAGAAAUCUCUCUGCUCUUCCUUCUCUCUAUUAGUUUCCCUCGCUAGAGCUCUGAGAUUCAAUUAGCAGGCACAUUGAAUUCCUCCAUACAAGUUUAGAGAGAAGCUCUCCGCAAUUUUGCUCGCAUAUAACUACUUAUUCCAAAUCCAUAUUAGGCUGCCAGUUUUAAUCACGAUCGCAAAGUUUCCUAUUUGAAAGAGCCAUUACUUCAUGAUGGCUUCAUGGUGUCAAAAAAAGAUUUUUUUCCCAACAGGACAUCAUCACCUACACAAGAAAGCAAAGACUGCAAUCUACGUAGGUAAUGCUUGUUCAGAUUACCCCAUGACAUAGAUGCGAUGAGGUCUGAUUGCCUAAAGAAUGGGACAGUUUAAUUACAAUAUCACAAAUGUCACCAGGUUAUUUGUAACUCAGAAUAAACAGAUUAUGAUUGCGGUUGAAAUUUUGACUUUGGAAGCAAUAUUAAAUGUUACUGAUAACCAAUGUUGUUAAUCUUACUUUAAAAAAAGUAAUUAAUUACAGUUACAAAUAGGGUUGUUCCGAUCAUGUUUUUUUGCUCCCGAUCCGAUCCCGAUCGUUUUAGUUUGAGUAUCUUUUUUUUUUUUUUUUUUUUAAACCUGUCCUGUUUUAGUUUGAGUAUCUGCCGAUCCCGAUAUUUCCCGAUCCGAUUGCUUUUUUUUUUUGCUCCCGAUUCAAUUCCAAUCAUUCUCGAUAAUUUUUCCCGAUCAUAUACAUUUUGGCAAUGCAUUAAGAAAAAAAUGAAUAAAACUCGGACGAAUAUAUACAUUCAACAUACAGUACAUAAGUACUGUAUUUGUUUAUUAUGACAAUAAAUCCUCAAGAUGGCAUUUACAUUAUUAACAUUCUUUCUGUGAGAGGGAUCCAUGGAUAGAAAGACUUGUAAUUCUUAAAGGACAAAUGUGAUUUUGUAUAUUGUGACUAAAUAUUGCCAUCUAGUGUAUUUGUUGAGCUUUCAGUAAAUGAUACUGUGGCCAUGCCCAAAUUCAUGAUGGGAAGUGGAACCAUGACUGUGCGUAGUGCUACCAAUUGAUAUAUCUUCUCUGCGUUGGGAAAUAACAUAGGGUAUUAAGAAAAAGAUCAAUUACUACCUUGCUUCCCCACAUUGCUUCCCACGAUAUUUCUAAUCGUAGGGAGAGGGAUUGUAAGGCUUUAGCCAAUUAAAAAAAGGCUCCAAAGGCUGCCAAAAUUCACUCUACUCAUUUCACACUGCCUUUUAGCUCUCUAUAUAGGUAAAAUGGCGCCAUUAUAAAAUGGUGUUAAACUUAUAUAGCACUUUUCCACCUUUCAAGGCGCUUUACACUAUCUCACCAUCCACCUACUGGUGACGCAGCACCAGGAGCAACGUGGGAUUCAGUAUCUUGCUCAAGGACACUUAGACGAGUUCAUCAGGGCGGAGAAUUGAACCCACAACCUCUGUGUUGGGGGACAACUACUCUACCACUGAGCCACGCCACCCCGAUGAGCGAAUGAGCGCGAUAAUGCGUGAGUGGGUUGUGCAGUGCAUGCAUUAAUUGCGUUAAAUAUUUUAACGUGAUACAUUUUUUAAAAAAUUAAUUACCGCCGUUAUCGGGAUAGAUUUGAUAACCCUACCUUAAGCCUAAGCUAAAGACUCUGGAUGAGUGUAACAUAUUAUGUCUGUAACGUUAAAUACAAUUAGAAAACGAUUUAAUUAAAAAAAUAUAUAUACCGUAAUUUUCGGACUAUAAGUCGCGUUUUUUUUCAUAUUUUGGCUGGGGGUGCGACUUAUACUCAGGAGCGACUUAUGUGUGGAAUUAUUAACACAUUAUGAUAUAAUUUCACAUCUUAUUUUGGUGUUUUGCAGUGACACUGAUGGUUUUGUAAAGUUGUUAGCAUGUUCUUAUGCUAUAGUUAUCUGAAUAACUCUUUAUAGCUAUGGCCACGUUCGCGUUCUGCCUAUGGCAGUGUAUGUUCAAUUGUAUUAUUGACUUUUUUUAUCUUGAAAUGGAUGCAUUUAGUUUGUGGCGCUUUCACGCCCACGUGAGGGCGCACUCGCACUUGUUUACGUGACACGCCAGAAGAAGACUGACAGCUACGUAGCUCUGAGUGAGUGAGUUAGCUAGAGAGAAUAGACGGAUGCGAACCUACUUUCAUUGUUUAUGCUUUUAAAUCAUCUCUACAGAGGCAACGCCUGCGUGUAUCAUUUCUGUUGUUGUUGUGUGUUUUCCACCCGCGAUCGGACACUUAGAGCCAGUUGUGUGGCUGUUUGAACGAUGUGCUAAUGAUAGCGAACGCAUGCUAACCUGUUACUUAUUACUAAUAGUACCUAAUUAUCAUUUAUUUACGUUGAUGCGAACCUGUUUUCUAUCGAGGACCAAAUUGAUUCAGCAAAUUAUACGGACGUCCAGCAUUGUCUUUUGGGAGUUCGCUGUACAGCCAGGACCGAGCUGUAGCGGAGGACAGUAUAUUCACAUUUCGUUGUUCAUGCACUGUACACUGUAUAUUUAUUUAGCAUGUUGUUCUCUAUUGUAUUUUUAUAUUAAAUUGCCUUUCAAGAUGACAUGUCUGUUCUAUGUGUUGGAUUUUAUCAAGUAAAUUUCCCCCCAAAAUUCGACUUAUACUCCGGUGCGACUUGUAUAUGUUUUUUUUCUCUUCGUUGGGCAUUUUAUGGCUGGAUCGACUUAUACUCAGGAGCAACUUGUAGUCCGAAAAAUACGGUACGUAUAUAUUAAAAAAAGGCAUGUCCGAUAUUUUUUUGCCGAUUCCGAUACUUUGAAAAUGACGUGAUUGGACCCAAUCGAUUGGCAUCCCGAUCGAUCGGGACAUCUCUAAUGUUAACGUUAUCUUAAAAAGCACCGAGGCACUCUCAAUCAGUGAUUAUGUAUCGUGUGUGAAAUUUUAUUGAAAAUUAAAGAUAAAAACAACUCUUUUGACACCAAACUAGUGCUUUAUUCUUCAUAUACUUGAGGUGUGACUCGCAAAUAAGUCACAGACUCACAGCAAACAUAUGUACACAAUAAAUAUUGAAGUGCACCAACCAAAAAUAUGACAUAAAGUGAUAAAAAGCUGGCAGUUUUUGGCCCACUGGGUCACCGCUUCGUGUGGCCACUCAAUUCCAAACACACACGUCUCAGUGGUUCUUCCAUUUUUUUUUUAUUCAACCGCUGACCUUGCCAUUUGGCAAACUUUAUGAUGUCUUCACAAGACUUGCUCUUCGAUGAUACUCGCGUCGGCUUGGUCCAUUUUUGCGUGUAGAAAAAUAAUGUUCUACAAUGGUGGUGAUUUCACGCUGAACCGGAAACAGUCUGAGCAAACCAAUCACAAUCUAUUUCCGCCUCGUCAUAUGCGUUAAUGUGACGCUAGGGUUUGAAAAAUCAAUAGGACCGCGUCAGGCUACAGCGCAGGGUCGUAAAUCGGAUCUUCCUUGACGGCGCAGGUCUGACGCAGAAGUAUAACUCGGCCUUAAGGCUGCUCGACACCCAAUCCAUUUAGAAACCAGAGCGUUCACAGUCAUUCUGUCAUAUUUUCAGGGCAUUUAUAGGUCACUUGCUGUUCAUUUUAGGGCAUUUCCAGGUCAUUUGCUGUUGAGUUUGAGUCACUGCCUACUCAUUUGGGUGAUUCCCAGGUCACUUCCUGUUCUGUAACACAAAAUGAACAGGAAGUGACCCAUAAAAUACCCCAAAAUCAACAGGAAGUAACUUAAAAUCAACAGGCAAAUGACCUAAAAUGGCCCAAAAUUACCUCAUUGCCUGGCAUUGGCUGCUACUGACAGCCAUAGACGUUCAAUCCGUUUGAAGUGGGAAGGAUUACAGCGAAUGAACGAAUUUUCAUUCGCUGCCAGCCUCCCAGUUCAAAUGGAUUGGACGUCUACUAGUAAUAAACUCAUUCCAAUUCAAAGCAGAAGCUUGUUUUUAUGUUUAUUAGUUGUUUUUAAAAUAUCCUAGAAGGAUUUCCUGACCAAUGUAUCGAUAAUCGUUGUAUCGCCGUAUUCUCAGAUCAUCGUUAUCGUGAGCUUUGUAUCGCAAACCGUAUCAUAACGUGAGGUACGAAGAGGUUCCCACUCCCAGUUCAGAUCAUUCAGACACUCAGAUCUCCGUUCUCCGUGUCAAGCAGCUGAACAGGUUUAAAAGAAAAAAAACCACCUCUGGCUGCAUUCAAAAUGUGGGUGAUUGAAGGAGAGUUGUGAUCAGGUGAGAGUUUGGAUAGUUUGGAGGUGGUUUGCAGAGUGAAAAGUUUGAGUUGAGAGAAGGGUACAAUAGUUAAUACUCGGAUGGAGCCAGCAAGAAAGAGGACUUCCUCGCUGUGGAAAAAAAAUAUUUUUAUUAAAACAGAAUGAAAAUCCCCACCAUCCUGUAGCUACAUCAAAUUACACAAGCAUACUGUAAUUACUACCCUUUUUCAUGUUACACAAACACGUUUGCUGUUCUCUCUCUGAUUACGUGCAAUGGGUACAUGCAAGCCCGUUGGGUUCUGGCAUUGUGGCCAAAGCAUCCGCAUGCCGUGCUGGACGUGUCGUGGGCGGUGGGUUCGAGUCCUGUCCUGGGCAAGGCGGAUUGCGUCGCGCGGCUCGGAUCCAUGCAACACAGGCUACAUACGCACAUGUCAUUUUCAGGAAAAAAACAUUGCACAACCUGCCACAUUAUGAUAACGCCAUUUAUGGAAUAAUUUACACACACACAUACACACACUACAAUAAAAAAGAAAAAUAUUGUAGGUUUUACUUCAUGAGUGACGUAUGACUGCGACUGUAUGUGGCCAGUCCUCUUACUCGACCCAAAAGUUCAUACAUUUCUACGUAUAAUUUGUUGUACGUUGAAUUUGGGGGAUCUGCCUGGCAGUGCUGACCUACAGGAGACAUCGCCAUAUCAUAUAUUUUUAUGACUGUGAGGUACUGUUUAUGUCUGUGUGUACGUUUUUGUUUUAUAUGUAUAGGUCCUUUUUUUUUUUUUUUUUUUCUUUUUGAUUCAGGGGCUACUGUCCCCCGGUACAUUAUGGUCACUCAGGUUAUGAGUUUGAUCCCAUUGCUGAAGAUGUAUGCCAAAUUUAACGUCUGUGACUAGAAAACAAAAGAAAGUUGAAGAAAAAAUAUAUGGCGGAAAACACUCAGGUGACUUGAAGUUCCGCUCUGAGACCCCCAAUUUGGCCAACUUUCAAAAUUGUCCGACAUGCAUGUGUGAUACAUCAUUGUAAAGCUUAAAAUCUCAAUUUUCUGUGGGAAGAAAAUUUUUGAACAGGAGGGCAUUUUAAAAAAAACACAAUAGACACAAAAGACAAUGACCCUAAACAUAUGGCCAAAUCUACACAGAAAUGGUUCACCAGACACAAAAUCAAGCUCCUACCAUGGCCAUCUCAGUCCCCACACCUUGUUUUGUUGGCAAAACGGGGAUGAGCAAAGUAUUAACACCAGGGGUGCUAAUAAUUGUGACACACAUUAUUUGAUGUCAAAUAAUUAUUUCUUUAUGUGUGGUUUUUUCCCCACUGAAUAAAUGCACUUUUAUAGAAGGUUGGAUUUUUCUCUUUUUUUCUAUUAAGGUCCCAUAUUAUUUGAAUUAUAAAAAAAUAUAUAUUAGAAGCUAAAAAACACAUCUUAACCAGGGGUGCCAAUAAUUAUGGAGGGCACUGUAUGUGAUAAUCUAUGUACACCGAGGAUUUGGUCAGAAAAUAUUUUGCUAAAUAAUACUUUCCCAACAGACACAAACAAAAAUAAAUGAAUCACUCAUGUGGUUGUGAGACAAAUGACGGUGAUCAUACACUUAGCCAGUAGCUGGUUCCGUGGACACAUGAAGCUCCGAGAAAUGAACCCUUUCUCGAAACAGUCAACCAUUGGUGCAAGAUGUCAAAUGGCGAUCAGCAAGACAAUAUCUCUGCGCCCUUCUCUUGCAUGGCCUGCGUUUGUAUACUGCUGUUGAUGAGCUGGGAUUAGCUGAAGGUGCGAUGUCGGAACACUCCCACAUCUGGCUCUGCAACAUAAAAAUCUGACUAGCAGCAGAAUGUGACACCAAUAUUAUCGGCUGCCAGAUAAUAUCGGACAACUCCAUUAAUAAAUUUCUGUGCGGCCCAGUAGCAAAUGCGCAACGGACCAGUACCGGUCCCCGGCCCGGCAGUUUAGAUGCCCUGCUCUGGAUAAUCAUUUAUUAUUUGUUGUGU